AUUUUUUCUAACCAUGAAUAAAGAUGAUUUGAACCCAAUUAAUACAAUAUAUUAUGUAGUCGUCUGCUCGACAGUUUCAGUGACCAGUUGUUUGGUAGUUACUUGUGACAGUGCGCCGUAACAUAGGUCUCCAACAAACAUGGGUGAAACAGAAGCCUUGGACCCCGCACAGGAGUUGGAGCUGAACUUCCUGGCGCGCCAGAAGCCGAUGCAUGAAGCGACUGCCCGAGGAAACUCAGCCAUACAGCAGUUCUAUAAUGGGCAGAAUGUGUUCGUUACUGGAGGCACCGGGUUCCUGGGGAAGCAGCUCAUUGAGAAAAUGUUCAGGGCAACAAAUGUGUCAAAGGUCUUCGUCUUACUAAGACCAAAGAAGGGGAAGGCUGUGGAGCUGAGAAUCAAUGAACUACUACAGGAUCCGGUUUUCGACUGGGUCAAAGAGCAUAAGCCCAAAGCCUUGAAUAAGAUCGUGCCCAUAGCUGGUGAUGUGGCUGAGAUGAGGCUGGGGAUUAGUGACAAGGAUUGGAAGAUGCUUGCUGAAGAGAUAAACAUAAUAUUCCACAUGGCAGCCACGACCAGAUUCGAUGAGACACUUCGUGUAGCUACUAUGAUCAAUGUGCGAGGCGCCAGGGAAGCUCUCAUACUCGGCAAGGCUUGUAAACAACUGAAGUCCUAUGUCCACGUGUCAACUGCAUAUUCCUACGCCUGUGACAACCUGAUAGAUACAGAGGUUUUGGAAGAUUUCUACAAAUCCCCUAUAGAUCCUGAUACGCUGAUCAAAAUGACUGAAACCGUUGACGAAACCAGACUGAACAGUAUUACUCCUAGUUUGAUUAAGAACUGGCCAAAUACAUAUUCGUUUGGGAAGGCGGUUGCUGAGGAGACUGUGAAGAAUAUGUGUGAAGGCUUACCCCUAUGUGUGGUCAGACCAGCAAUAGUAAUAUGUGCUAUGAAGGAGCCGAUGCCGGGAUGGUUGGAUAUGUCCAAUGUUUAUGGAGCCAGUGGAAUCGUCCUAGGUCCAGGUAUAGGUCUGAUGCACUCGUUCAUGGCCCGUGAUGAUGUCCACAUCGGUUUGGUGCCAGUAGACUAUGUGAAUAACGCUAUCCUGGCCGCCGCAUGGGAGACUGCGAAGAGAGUGGCAGCCGGGCAGACCGCACCGAAGAUAUACUCCGUCACUGCUUCCACGAGGAACCCUACGCGAUGGGACAACUUAGUAAAUAUAAACACAUCAGAAGUUAGGACAAACUACCCUACGCCCGCAGCAAUAGGGUGGAGUUUCGUUUGGCAGACCCAAUACCCUUUGGUAUUCCUGAUCUAUUCAUGGUUCUUGCAUUUCAUACCUGGACACGUUGUGGACGGAAUAUGCGCUUUACUUGGGAAGGAGAGGAGAUUCCUGAAAAUCUACCAAAAGAUGUACAACAUGUGUUCAGCACUAUCCUAUUUCACGACAAACAAUUGGAGAUUCGUUGACGACAACACUGCAGCACUAUACAACAGCUUAUCUACAAUUGACAAAGAAAUAUUUGACUUUGACGUUUGUAAGAUCAAUUGGCGCGAAUACAUGUACAUUUGGUGUAUAGGUUUAAGAAAAUAUAUAAUAAAAGAUGGUUUGAAAAACACAGUUUAUGCUCGCAGAAAGCAAUUUGUGUUCAAAAUAUUAACUUGUAUGUUUAUGCCGCUAUAUGUCUACGCAUUGUAUAAAGUCUUCAGCUUUUUCGUCCUAACAUUGUUUUCAUUUUUAGGUUAUAUCUUGCAUGCGUUAGGUUUUUAGGUUAUGUAUUUGUAGAUUUGUAAGUUUAAUAAAUUAAUUUUAAAUGGUA